UUCUCAGAGAUUUCAUCAUUCUCUUCUCGCAUUACGGCGGUUCAUGCUUCGUAGCGCAGCAUCAGCACUGCUGAGGACCAGCACUGAGAUUUCCGCCUUCCGUCCGGUGUCUACGGUCCGGAUCGUUCGGCAGGCGCUCCGCUACGCCCCCAAAAACAGGCCGUUUUCAACGUCGGUCUACUUGUGUAAGAAGAAAAAGCAAAGUCUGUGGCUGCACCUAGCGGAAGGACAAACCAUGGACGGCAACAUUGAAGUGAUUCUCGCCCCUUUGCGGCUUGCAGUCAAAGAACAGGGGGAGCUUGUGCGCCAAAUGAAACAGGAUGGAGCUCCAGAUGUGGAUGUUACUAAAGCUGUGGCUGAACUGAAAGCAAGGAAGAGAACCCUGGAGGCCAAGGAGCUGUCAUUGCAACCCAAAGAUGACAUAGUCGACAGAACAAAGAUGGAGGAUACCCUCAAGAGGCGAUUCUUUUACGACCAGGCCUUUGCCAUCUAUGGAGGUGUGAGCGGCCUGUAUGACUUCGGCCCCGUGGGCUGUGCCCUGAAGAACAACAUCCUGCAGGCCUGGAGGCAUCACUUCAUCCAGGAGGAGCAGAUCCUGGAGAUAGACUGCACCAUGCUGACCCCAGAGAAUGUCCUCAAGACAUCAGGACAUGUGGACAAAUUUGCUGACUACAUGGUGAAAGAUGUCAAGAAUGGCGAAUGCUUCAGGGCCGACCACCUCCUCAAAGCCCACCUCCAGAAGCUGAUGUCUGAUAAGAAGUGCACGGCAGAGAAGAAGGCUGAGAUGGAGGAAGUCACCACUCAGAUGGACAACUACACCCAGCAGGAGCUGACCGAUCUCUUCGUGAAAUACAACGUCAAGUCUCCCACCACAGGAAACGACCUCACGCCUCCCGUCUCCUUCAACCUGAUGUUUCAGACGUCCAUUGGACCGGGGGGGAACACGCCGGGCUAUCUGAGGCCUGAAACUGCUCAGGGAAUCUUCCUCAACUUCAAACGUCUGCUAGAGUUUAACCAGGGAAAGCUGCCCUUUGCUGCCGCUCAAAUAGGAAACUCCUUCAGGAACGAGAUCUCUCCUCGCUCUGGACUCAUUCGUGUCAGAGAGUUCACCAUGGCGGAAAUCGAGCACUUUGUGGAUCCAAAUGAGAAGGUCCACACGAAGUUCUCCAAUGUAGCCGACCUGGACCUCACAUUAUACUCCUCCAAGGCUCAGACUAGUGGCCAGUCUGCACACAUCAUGAGGCUGGGUGACGCUGUGGAGCAGGGAGUGAUCAAUAACUCCGUCCUUGGGUAUUUCAUCGGGAGGAUCUACCUCUACCUCACUAGAGUUGGUGUCGCCAAAGACAAGCUGCGUUUCCGACAGCACAUGGACAACGAGAUGGCUCACUACGCCUGUGACUGCUGGGACGCUGAAACCAAAACCUCAUACGGCUGGAUCGAAAUCGUGGGGUGUGCUGACCGGUCCUGCUUCGAUCUGCUGUGCCAUGCGCGAGCUACAAAAGUGCCUUUGGUCGCUGAAAAGCCUCUAAAAGAACCCAAAGUUGUAAAUGUCGUCCAGUUCGAACCCAACAAAGGAGCCAUUGGAAAGGCGUAUAAGAAGGAUGCUAAGAUAGCCAUGGAGUACCUGUCUGUGUGUGACGAGUGCUUCAUUACAGAGCAGGAGCAGCUGCUCAAUGAGACUGGAGAGUUCACCAUCGAGUCAGAAGGCAAGACCUUCAAACUCACAAAGGAUAUGGUCGGUGUGAAGCGGUUCCAGAAGACUCUGCACGUGGAGGAAGUUGUUCCCAAUGUAAUCGAGCCCUCCUUUGGCAUCGGUAGGAUCAUGUACUCCAUCUUUGAGCACACAUUCCACGUCAGAGAAGGUGACGAACAAAGAACGUACUUCAGCUUCCCAGCUACUGUAGCUCCAUACAAAUGUUCCGUCCUGCCUCUGAGUCAAAACCCGGAGUUCAUGCCCUUCGUGAGGGAGUUAUCUGAGGCGAUGACCAAGAACGGCGUGUCUCACAAGGUGGACGACUCCGCGGGAUCCAUCGGCCGGCGUUACGCCAGGACGGACGAGAUCGGAGUGGCGUUUGGCAUCACCAUCGACUUCGACACGGUGAACAAGACGCCUCACACGGCCACGCUGAGAGACCGCGACUCCAUGAGGCAGAUCAGGGCCGAGGUCAGUGAGUUGCCUGUGAUUGUUCGGGAUUUGGCCAACGCCACAUUGACCUGGGCGGAAGUGGAGAGCAAGUACCCCAUCUUUGAAGGACAGGAGACCAGCAAGAAGGAAACUGCUGAAGAGUAAAGCUCACUCGCCUGCCAGUCGCUCCACGAAAAACUCCACAGACUUGUUGCAUAUGCAUCACCAGGAAGAAUAAUGCAACUGUAUUGUGAUAAGCUAUAGUGGUGCACCGAGCUCUCCUCAUGUUCUAUGCCACUGCAAUCACUACAAUGUCAUGUAUCCAUCAUAUCUACCAGUUGUGGAAUGCUUACACAGGACGGGUUCUCUACGAUGAGCAACAUUUCAUCCAUGUAUGAACAGGUCAAUAUGUUUUUAAAAGGGAGGAAAAUGUAAUCAGGUUGUUGUUGUCCAGGGGAAGGAGGCUUCCACCAUUCCAGGUUUCUGGCAGAUAGGAUUGAGAUGUUUAACAAUUUCAAUUAAAACAACCAGCACUUACUGGACACGAGCUUA